CUUGGUCGUGAUCGUGGGUGGACAUGGAGAUCGCACUGUCGUCUGUAGUCACCAGUCAUCGUUGUCACAUAAAAAACAGCUUUAGGAUCUUUUUUGAAGUGGCGCAUCCUGCUCAAUGUCGCUUUGUGUGGCCGCUUUCUUCUUGCGGAACAAGUAAGUAUGUAUCCAUGGAAGAAUGACUGUUCGUCUCGACUUUGGCAAAGCAUUGGUUUCAAUUGAAGUCGGAUUUGAUUCAUAAUAUUUCGCUCGCUACGUCGUUGUACCUGUGUGUUUCUUGUUGAUCGAAAAACAGCAAGCUCGACGACAAAACAAUGGCUCCCAUACCGGAAUCGCGAAUGUUUCGUGGCGUCGACGGCAACACGUAUCGCGUGAAAAAAGCCGCCGAAUUCCGCGACUGCACUCUGCUAACGGGUGAGCAGAUUGCGUCCUUACAGGAGGAAAAGAAGUGUUUUUUGACUUGCCUGGACUACCUGCAAUUUGGCGGAUCCGCUAACGACGAAGACGAAAUGAAGCUGAUGUGUCGCACCGCACUCCACGCAAACAUGCGGAAAACGGUAUUAAUGUCUUAGGCUGGCUGGCGCACUUCCACUUUCGUGUUGGAAUGUUCAUCUCUUUCGUAUGACCUUUUUCGCACAUGUUGAAUCGUAUCAAAACCCUAAUCCUGCGUCUGUAAUAUAAUCAGCUCCACGACCAAGUUCUUCCCGCCUACGAAUCUACGAUGCGUCGUCAUCAGUUAAAAUACCAGAUUUUCUACCCGGGUUUGAUCCUUCUCUCUUCCUUCGUCCUCGUGAUGCGGUUCUACUCCUCUUUGCUCGCCAUCGGAGGGUGCGCCAACAAGCGGUACGGGAUUCUGGACUGCGCGGACAACCGAGUGCGACACAAGCACCAUUUCGAUGUGUUAGACGGGGUUUUCGUCACGGUCAUUGUGCUUGCGGUUCUACUCUCGGUGAAGAACGCCUACGUAGACUUCAAAAUCUUCCGGCCCCCCUCCGCAGCCCGGCGGGGGAUCUCGAGCGUGCCGGAAGCGCUCGACCACUACGUGAAAAAGCUGGACUGGUUCGCGCGCGGAAACACCGGGAAGUUCUUCAGCACGCGGGCAAAUUACACACGGGGACUGGAAGACGAGGAGGGAAUGAUCACUUCCGCAGCCGCGUUGCGGCGGCGCAUGGUCGCGGAGCAGCAAAAUCGGCGAGACGCGGAUGGCUUUGGUAUGCAACCCGAAAUCAUCCCGUACGAGACUACCCAGUUCACGCGGCAAGCGUUGCUGUAUUUGGUGAGAUCGGACAUCAUCGCAGAAGACAAUAAUACUUUCGGUGGCGCGUUCGCAAAUUACAACGCAGGUGGUAAUUCUGCAGCGCUCGCAUUUGACGUCAAAGCAGGAACAAGGAAACCAGGCCAGGACCAGCAGGCUAUCUUCGCAGAAAAUUUCCAUCCGGGACAAGAUCUCCCUGCUGGUGUGGGUGCUAAGGAGGUCGUGGCAGAAGCAGGAGCAGCUGGUUCAUCCAACGUUUCUGAGCAGCAAAACGGGAAAAGUGCUGCACGACCAGUUUUUUCCUUCGCUGGGACAAGAGGAAGCGCUGCGGAGAAGGCGGCCUCAUCUUCGCAUGAUCCCGAAAAAAAUGCAGUCACCUCUGAAGAUCAAGACGCCGCGAUGUUUCUGGAGAUGAAUGAAGCGGAUCUCACGAAUGCGCAACAACUGUUAGGUGCGAAUGCCUUCGAAAUCAUGGAAAGCAGUGCAGUUUCCCCCCUUACAGCCGGAGCGAAUGGCGCGCCGCUGCCGAAGGACAAAAAAUCCCCUAAUAAAUCUGCCAGCAAGGGGGUGAAGAAGCGAGUUGGUGCGACGAGAGGGGGUGCGGCCGCGGAGACUGCGACCGCCCCUGCAGGCGGCGGGUAUGGUGACGAUAUUGCCCCUCCAAGGCUUCAGUGAGCUACGUUGUUUGUUGAAAAACAGUCUGUAGGAAGAUACGCGCACGGUCGUGUUGAUGUCAACGCUUUGACGUGUGAUGUGUGUCAAGUUUCCUAACCGGCACUGUUUCUAU